ACCCUUGGCCUUGCAGACUCACCAGGAUGAGCACCGACUCUCCACCCACACUACUGAAACUGGCAGUGCAGAGCUUGCUGAGGGACGAGGACUUGGCCAUGGGGGCUGUGGAGGAUUUGCCAGGGGAGCUCUUCCCCCCAGUGUUCAUGGAGGCCUUCACCAGGGGUCACACUGAGGUCCUGAAGGCCAUGGUGCUGUCCUGGCCCUUUCCCUACCUGCCCCUCGGAGCACUGAUGAGCAUGAGGAGACCACAGACUUCCGACGCCGAGGUGGAUAUCGUCCAGGUGCAGGAGAGGAUGUUACAAGCUGUGCUGGAUGGGCUCGAUGUGCUGCUGAGCCAGAAGAUUUGCUCCAGGAGGUUGAAACUGCAAGUGUUAGAUAUGGUGGACACGCACCAAAAGUUCUGCAGAGUCUGGGCUGGACACAGAUUGGAAGCCUGCUCCUCAGAGGACAUGAAGAGGAGAAACACAGGGAAAAGUGACACAAGGGCGGCAGAAAAGCGACUCCUCAGGGUGGUUGUGGACUUGAGUCUUGGUCAGACAUUUCAGUCUCCAUUCCAGUCCUACCUCCUCGAGUGGAUCCAAAAGAGGAAAGAUCUGGUGCAGCUGGAUUGUACGAAGCUAAGCAUAUGGAAUCUGCCUCCUUCCUGGAAGGCCACCUGGACCAGUUGUUCAGCCACGCUGACCACCCUGCACUUGCAGGCCUGCGGGAUCACGGAUGCCCAGGUCCAUGCCUUUCUGCCCGCCUUGGGCCGCUGCUCCCAGCUCACUACCUUCAGCUACAUGAGGAACUGCAUGUCCAUAGCCACCUUGGAGAGCCUGCUGUGCCACACUGCCAGGCUAAGCAGCUUAAGCCUAGAAAUGUAUUCUGCUCCUGAAGACGUUUGUUUCUCGGGAGGGAUGAGUACGCAGAGCCCACGGACUCUGUAUGAGCUGACCAAGCAGAGCCUGCUGAGCAGUAAGACCCUAGCCAGUGCCGCUCUGCAUGACCUGCCCACCCUGAUCUUCCAUGAACUCUUCGUGGAGGCCUUCCUGGGGGAGUGCAAUGAAGUCCUGAAGGCGAUGGUGCAGGCCUGGCCUUUCCCCUGCCUCCCUUUGAGGACCCUGAUGGACUUGAGGCAACCAAAGACUCUACAGAGAAUCACACUGCAACAGAGAAACCUGCAGACCUUGGAAGCCCUACUGGAUGGCCUGGACAUGCAGCUGUCCCAGACGGUUCACCACAGCAGGUGGAGACUGAAGGUGCUGGAUUGGAGGGACGUACACCGGGACUUCUGGACCGCAGGGCCCAGAGUUGUGAGUGCUGCCCUCUCAGAUCAUGCCAGAAAUAAUGAAACAGACAAGCCUGGGCUGAGGAAAAAGCCAACCUUGAGAAUAUUGGCACACCUUUGUUUUGAAGCUUGGAGUGCCUCUUGUGCCAUUCAUGAUGAAUUAGAAUUUUGCCUCCUGAGUUGGGCCUGGAAGAGACGAGCUUCAGUACAUCUGUGCUGUGAAAAGGUCAUGAUCAAGUCCAAAGUUGUCUCUACCAUCCUGAAGCUGCUGUGUGCUGUGCAACUGGACUCUAUCCAGGAGCUGGACUUGUUAAGUGACUGGGGUUUGAAAAGCAUGGUGGCACUUGUUCCUCAGCUCAGGAAGAUGACGAACCUCCGCACAAUUCACUUGAGUGGCCUGAGUCCAGAAUUGUUCACUUUGCUCUGGGAAAACAAGUGGCACUCCUGCAUCUAUGGUUUUCACUUAGAAGAGCUGCAAAAGCUCCGGGAUCUUCACAUAGAUGACGUGUUCUUCCUGAAAGGAGCGCUGCAUAAGAUCUUCAGGAGUCAGAACCCCUUGGAGGCCCUCUCCUUGAGUUCGAGUCCACUGCAGGAAUCUGACCUAAAUCAUCUGAUCCAAUGUCCCACCACAAGCCAGCUGAAGUCCCUGAGUCUGAGGAAUAUCUCAGUGAAAUCAUUCAACUUGGAGACUCUCCGGGCUCUGCUAGACAAAUUGUCCGGCACCCUGGAGACCCUGGUCCUAGAGCGCUGUGGCUUCACAGACUCCCACAUCCUUGCCAUCUUGCCCACCCUGCGUCGCUGCUCACAGCUCAAGACCUUCAGUUGCUAUGGGAACCCCAUUUCCCUGCACACCCUUCGGGUCCUGCUGCAGGAGUCUGCCAGUCUCAGUCAGUUAACCCACGGGCUGUAUCCUGCCCCACUAGAGAGCUAUGAGUCCAAGAAUCCAGCAAAGUUUGUGCACUAUGAAAAAUUUCCCUGGGUCUGUGCUCAACUGGCUCAGGUGCUCUCUGACAGUAUACGCCAGGGCUUUGACACAUCUGCCGGUGUCCCGCCACAGUUUCUCAAGAUUUCUCUCCCAUGUAGGCUGUCAGAGUUGCCCGUUUGUCACACCGAAGCACCUGUGAGAAAGAAGCUCUGCCCGUUUUCUUACUCCUCCCCCUUUCUAGCAGGUGAGGAAAUGUUAAUUCUUGCGGAACUGAUUGUCACCCAUGAAAUGUCCCUGUCAGAGGAAACUGACUCUGGAAGAAAAGGGCUCUUAGUUGAGUCUCCUGUGGUGACGGAAUCACUGGCCUCUCAGCUUCAUGUUGUUCUGACCAACGCCCCCAAGAGCUCAGAGCUUCUUAUUUUUGCUGUUGCUUAG